GCCGCCGUUCUUCUUCCAACGCCGCCGUUUCCCGCCGCCCCUCCGCCAUGGACACUGCCCCCGCGGACCCCGCGCGCACCCGCAACCCGUUUGCCCCACGCACGCCGUCCUCCGUGCGCCGUGCCGCCGCAGACGUCUACCCCGAGCGCAAGGGCCUUAACCGCCCGGACUUUGUGGCCAACACGCCGCUCGACCGCUUGUUCCAGGACCUCGAGGCCGCGCUCCACGGGCCGCUCGACUCGCUCUCGGUGGCCGUGCUUGCCGAGCGGCUUUUCGCCGCGGACCCCGCGCCGCCACCGCCGCCCGCAGACACCCACUUCCAGGUCGUGGCCCGGCUCCUCGACCGGCUCCUCGACAUCCAGCAGAUGGCCCAGCAGGCCGCGGCCGCCGCGCCGCAGAAGGGCCUCGUGGCCAUCUCGCUCCACGACAUGCGCACGUUCGGCAAGCUCGUCAACCUCGUGGUGUUGCACGGCGUGUACGCGCCGCUCGGCGCGUUCCACAUCGGCGUGCCCUUGGCGCAGCGCCGGCUCCACGACUUCGGCACGGCGCGCUACCGGCCCAUGCCCGUGGCGCCCGUGGCGCCCGUGGCCGCGGCCGCGGCGCCCGCGCAGCGCUACGCGCCGCACCGCCGGCUCUUGGAGCUCGUGUUCGACCGGCUCAUGCGCGUGUUCGCGGCUGACUCGGACGUGCGCAGCCUCCUCGUCCGCGGCUCCGGCUACGCGGACCUCGUGGUGGUGGCCGCGGCGUUGGCCACGGUGCCGGCGUUCGGCGCCGCGGUCGGCGCCCGCUACGCGGCGCGCUUCGACGCCGUGGCGCAGGCCGCGCCCACGUUCGAGCUCUACCAGAACUACGCGGUGCUCGUGGCCACGCCGCAGCCGGCGUACUUCCGCGACUUCGUCAUGGCGCGGCUCCAGCUCUUGCCCGCGUGCGCGCCGCGCGGCGACGGCGUGCUCACCUUGAUGGAGUUUGUCUUGGGCCUCCGCGACAACGCGGCCGUGACCGUGGACAAGCUCGACCACGUGGCGCGCGUGUUGCUCGCGCGGCCGCGGGCGCUCGCGCCCGCCGCGUACUUCCGUGCGCUCGGCGGCCAGUGCUACGAGCUCCUCGUCAACAUCAACCGGCCCACCAUCACCGCGUGCGUGGCGCACUUCCUCGCGCAGUUGUGGGCCAAGAACCCGCGCGUCGUGGAGUCCUUCUUCCUCCGCCCCGUGUGGGACGCCUUCGACCCUGCCCCCGGCGCGGCGCCGGAGGGCGUGCUCGUGGGCGAGCGCGCGCUCAACAACAACGUCAACGUGCUCCUCUCCUUGGCCCAGCACGCGCUCCCGCGCGGCUUGGUGGCCGCCGCGUUCGGCCCCGUGGCGCUCCCGCUCUGGGCGUACUUCUGCUUUCUCCGCCGCCACGGCCGGCCCGCGGACACCGCGCAGAACAUCUUGCUCAGCUUCCUCACCCAGCUCGGCGAGGACCCGCCGGCCGCGUGCGCGCAGCUCGAGCGCAUCUGCGCGAACCUCGUGGCGGAGCACCCGUGGCACUUCCGCGUGGGCGCCAACCUGCUCGUGGAAAUCGCGGCCGGGCCGCCGCCCGCCGCCGCCGCGGGCCUGGAGCGGCUGAUGCUCGACUUCGUGGGCCGCGUGGACGCGCACUGCGCCGCGUUCCUCGCGCUCGCGGACCAGCUCGACGACCGGCUCGUCAAGGUCGUGUUUGUGGCCUUGCUCUCCAGCUGGGUGCGUGCCCAGCUGGCCGCCGCCACGCGCUUGGGCGAGAACCCGUUCGCGCGCCUCGUGCACUUGCGCCUCUUGCAGGACGUGGGCUCCCGCUUCAAGGACCGCUUGGCCCAGACGCCGCUCGACAUCUUGGUGCUCGUGCGCAGCGUGCUUGGCCCGGGCCCCGCCUCCGCCGCCGCGCCGACGGCCGAUCCGGGCGCCGAUUCCGACGAUGACGACGACGACGACCCGGAGACGGCGGCCCGGGACAUCGCCACCGUGGUCUUGGAGCUCCUCCUGGCCAUCAUCUCCGAAACGCCCCCCGCACAGUUCUCCGCGGACUGCCGCCACGCGCUCGCCGAUAUCAGAGCCUCGCUCGAGAAAGACUACAGUGCGCUCGCAGCGGGCCGGAGUGUGGCGGCACGCAUCGCGCUCAUCUUGGACGAGCAGGCCCCACCGGACUCGUCUGCGGAGGCCGACAGGCGCGUGUUUGCGCGCGCCAUCGCCAGUCUCAAUGACCCGCUUGUGCCCAUCCGCGCACAUGGCCUCUAUCUCUUGCGCCAACUCGUGGAGACGCGCAGCCCGGUCAUCGCCGUCGACUUCGUCGUGACGCUCCAUCUCCUCCAGCUCCGGGACCCGGACCCGUUUGUCUACCUCAACGCAAUCAAGGGCUUGGACAGCUUGCUCGGACUUGCAGACAUCCAGGUGUUGCCGGAGCUUCUUGCAGUAUACUGUGGUGACGCCGGAGGAGAGAGUUCAAACGAGACAGCAAAGACUGAAGAGCAGGCGCUGCGACUGCCGCCUAGCACCAACAAAGAGGAUCUUGGGGCGGGCGUGGCGCGGUCGUCCCAGCUGAAUUACAAAGCAUCUCUUGAAAAUGAUUCUCAGGUCAAGUUUGAAGAAUCCCCUAGCCACGAAUCUCUGGUCAAACCAGAAAAUCCCGAACCUUUGGCUCAUCCACAGGGGCCUAGCUCCACGGGUGGACCUGAUAACACUCCUGAGCGUACCCAUUCCAAGCCAGAAGCAUCUCUGGAAAUCAGCACUUCAUCUGGCAUUUCCCUGGAAACCUCAUCGACAUCCAAACCCUUCCCCCACCCAAGCCAAGAUGCCGAAUACAAAGACUCCCCCCUUUCAAAAACAGGCCCUGACUCCCAGCCAGCAGAUUUGGACGAGCGUCUACGGGUCGGAGAGGUGCUCUUACGAUAUGUCCAGGCACAAGACGAGGCCUUUUCUGGCAAAACGGCUCAUCUCGUGUGUGAGGCUGCGUUGCGUUUGAUCCGCAGACCCAAAAACGAUGCCGACAAGCCGGACGACCGUUUGCGCAUGUCGGCCAUGUCCGUCUUGGGCACGUGCUGCAACACCAACGCCUUGGGCAUUGUGGACAAUAUCGAAAACGCCGUUGACUGCGCCCUAGGGGUGUUGGACCUCGAGACAACGAAGGACCAGGCCAUCAUGAGAAGGUCCGCCAUCGUGCUUAUUCACGACUUGGUGAGCGGGACCUCCAGGUCCGAGAACGUGCCAUUUCCACGCAACUACAUGAAGAAAGUCAUAUAUGUUCUCAGGUACGUACAGGGUAAUGAUCUGGACGUGUUGGUACGAGAGCAGGCGACAUCUGUCUUGGAGUAUAUUGAUGAGUUGGUCAAGGCGUCAUUGGCCUCGGAGGACUGAUGGUCAAAUCAUGUACAUUAUUAAUAGAAGCCAGGCAAGUCAGGCGAUACGCUACCAACUAAUCGCUCAACACAAUUCCAUCCUUAAACCUCAAUCAAAGCAAGUCAAUCAUCUCAAUUCAAUAAUUAAUUGUAUGUCAUCACAACUAUCGAGUGAGUUUUGACGUUGUUGCUUUGCACGGUCGUGCACGGCCCAAUCAGAC